GGAAGUAAGAUGGAUGCCGACGUGUUACAUUUGUUGGAAAGAGAUGAUGUUUUCAAGAAGUUUCUGGAGGAGUCCUUUGAUGUCAAGGCCCACGCUAACCGAGCCAUACAAGGCCUUGCUAUCUCUGAACAGCUGGGGAAGCUAGCAGAGGGCAUCUCACUGUUAGACAAGGAAAUACAUUCACAGAUUGUGGAGCACCAUGAAGACCUGCUGUCACAAGCUACAAGUGUGGAAACCCUCGAAGGAGUUCUGCAGAUGAUGCAGACCCGUACACAGUCUCUCCUUGCAGCCAUGGAUAGAAUCAGGACAAAGGUGUCGGAGCCGUACAGCAAGAUACUGGCACGGACCACCCAGCUCAGGCAUUUACAGGAGACGUGUGACCUGCUGCGUAGAAUCAUCCGCAUCAUGUACCUCAGCCGGCGCCUCCACACCCAGCUGCAAGGUGGUUCAAGGGAGAUAACCAAGGCUGCACAGAGUCUCAAUGAACUGGAUUAUGUGUGUGAAGGAGUGGACCUGAGUGGUAUCGAGGUGAUUGACACGGACCGGCGGUUCAUCAAGCAGGCGAGGAAGGAGGUGGAGACACAGGCACAGAAGAUGCUGGAGCAGGGGAUGGAGACUCAGAACCAGACCCAGGUGGCCACAGCCCUGCAGGUGUUCCACAACCUGGCCAGUCUCCACACAGUGGUGGAGAGAGUCAUCAACGGCUGCAAGGAGGCACUGCACGGCAGUGUGAGGAGUUGUCUCAACGUGCAGACCUUGUCACACGCACAGGGAACUAGCAGAGGUCCUGGAAAAGCUGCCAUGCCGGCACCAGGCAACACGGCCGCCAUGAGAGCCUCACUGUGGACAAACAUGGAGCAGCUGAUGGACAGCAUCUACGCCUCGUGUGCCCAGAUUCAGCAUCUCCAGAAAGUGCUUGUGAAGAAGCGAGACCCCGUCACCCAUGUGUGCUUCAUAGAGGAGCUGGCCAAGCAUCGUCAUGGAGACGUGAACAUAAUCCAGGAGUUCUGGGAGAGUGUUACCAACAUGUUGAAGACAGAGUUCAAUGGUGCAGCUGAAACCUCCAUGUUCCUGAAGCAAGCGUUUGAGGGUGAAUAUCCCAAACUGUUGCGUCUGUACAACGAUCUGUGGAAGCGACUACAUCAGUUCAGCAUCAACAUGAUGGUGACCCCGACAGCUGCCCCGGACGUCCCCUCGAUAGACGACGCCAAAGAAGUAGACUUCUUCGUACAGACUGCCAGGAACAAGGAAAAUGCUUACGACUCUGAGAAGGCAUUGAGAGAGACUCUGUCCCACUUCGAGAAUGCGUACCUGUCCAAGUCUCUGUCGCGGUUGUUCGACCCCAUCAAUCUGGUGUUCUCCAGCGGAACGGCCAACCCACCAACACACGAAGAGGUGGACAACAUUGUCAAGACAAUAACAAGUGAGCUGAAUGUGGCCAGUGUGGACGGAAAGCUUAGUGUCACCGUGGCCAAGAACGUUGCCAAGACUGUGCAGCUGUUCUGUGUGAAGAGUGAACAACUGCUAUCGACGGACGGCGAGGCCAGCCAGGUGAUCGGGGCGCCGACAGCAGGACAGUCCAGGAACUCCUGCGUGGUCAACACUCUCUACCAGCUGCACCAAGCCGUUCUCAGGGUGAUGAGUGGAAUGGAUGCCUACCCAAAGGAGGCCAUGAACAGCAUAGAGUCAGCUCUACAGGGAGUCGUGGCCCUGAUGGGUGCCGCCAUCAACCCGCUGCUGUCUUCCAUCUCGGACGCCCUAGAGGCCAUCAUCCUCACCAUACACCAGGAGGAUUUCUCCGGCCCCGCCCCCAGUGACAAUCAGACUGAGGCUCAGUGUUCUCUGUACAUGCGGGAAUUGCAGGGCUUCGUGUUACGAUGCCAGGGCGACUACCUCUCACAGUUCCGGUGUCGAGACUUCAUAAUGGACAGCAUCCACCCUGUUGCCUGUCGGUGUGCUGACCUGUUUAUCCGGCACGCCAGUCUCACGCGACCUCUCGGUGAGGGGGGAAAGCUGCGACUAGCUGCCGACUUCGCACAGAUGGAGCUAGCGAUCUCACCAUUCUGCAGAAGGGUGUCCGAUCUCGGCAAGGCAUACAAACUACUCCGGUCUUUCAGGCCAUUGUUGUUCCAAACCAAAGAGCAUAUUGCUCAGAGUCCAGCUCUAGGGGAGAUAAUCCCGUACAGCACGGCCAUACACUUCCUGUUUGCACGGGCACCCCAGGAACUCAAAUCUCCACAUCAGGCGUCCGACUGGUCACUGAGCCGGUACUCACAGUGGCUGGAUGACCACCCUGACGAGGCCGACAGACUGAAGUUCAUCAAGGGUACAUUAGAAGCCUACACCAAGCUUGUUCGGCAGAGACAGAGCAAGGAGUACGCCCCCAUCUACCCGGUGAUGGUCGACUUGUUACAACGGGGCCUGCAGCAUGGGGCCGGGUCAUGACCCCGCCCUGCAGACCGGGGAUCAGAUGGGGACGUUGACGGGAUCAUAAUGUUGGGCAAUAUUCGGGAUUAAGUUCCAUGAGCGGUGAUACCAAGAUCAGGGGCCAUCGGACAAUGUGGGACGACGUGAUGUCCCGUCUACAAGUGGGAGAAGUUACAGUGUCCUAUCAGUGUGAGCACUUUGUGAAACAGGACCGUAGUGACAGUUCCUGGGUGUUAACAUAAAAUUAUUGUAUACAUGUCAAUUUUAUCAAGUUUUGAAUUACAAUGUAGGUCCUCUAUAUUGGUGUAAAUUAUUCCAAGUGUAUGGAACUACCUUUAUCAAUGACAUUGUCAGGCAGGCAGACAGACUGUUGACAUCCAAGUUCUAUUUAGGACCAUAUUGUCAGUUGUCUGGCAUUCGAAGCUGUAGUAUCAAUGAAGACAGAGUUAGCUCAUGGGUUUCAACUUCUUUUCUCUCUCAAUGCAGUGUUUUGGUAUAUGUGCUUGUAUAUCUUCAUGAAGGUUGGGUAGCCUAGUGGUUAAAGCCGAAGUGGUUCGUCGUGGUUCGAAGUGGUUAAAGCCUAAUGGUUCGUCACGCCGAAGACCCGGGUUCGAUUCCUUACAUGGGUACAAUGUGUGAAGUCCAUUUCUGGUGUUCCCUGACAUGAUAUUGCUGGAAUAUCGCUAAAAGCGGCGUAAAAGCAAACUCACUCACUCACUCAUGAAGGUACCUGUACACCCUGUUCAUUUGUGUCAGUGUGAAUGUAACUUUUGACACAGUUGUUUUCUAUAUCCUGUUUGUUGAGGCUGUAUGUAUGUAAAUAUGUACAAAUGACUGGGGGGCCACCAUAUAAUGGCAACAUAUUUAUCAGUGUACAGUUGCAUCUGGCUGUCACCAGUGCAGAGGGAAAUAAUAAAAUAUUGAC